AUGUGGGUCCCGCAGCCGGCUUGUUCUUCCGGCCACGACGACUCUCUCGGUCCGUGGGCCGGAGAAUUGUGCCGUGGCGGGUUCGACUUUACGCUUUUGUUCGAGGAGGCCGUACUAGCCGUUCCCCUGCAAUCCCUUCUCCUGCUGUUGCUUCCCACCUGCGCCUUACGCCUCGCAAGGUCCGAUGUCAAAGUCGUGCCCAGCAGCCUGCGCUGGUUCAAAGCUUGUGCAUUCAUUUCCCUUGUUGCUCUCAAUCUCGCGCUUCUGAUCCUCUGGACUACUACACCGUCAACCACAAUCACCCAUACGCGUGCAACCAUUCCCACCGCCAUCCUCAGUCUGAUUGCCUCGAUAGGAUUGAGUUUGCUGUCAUGGCUCGCCCAUCAACGGUCCAUAAGGCCGUCAUUUGUCCUGUCGACCUAUCUGUUUCUGUCAAUUCUGUUUGACACCGCCCGUGCCCGAACCCUGUGGUUGCUGGGAUCCCAUCGGACCAUACCCGCCGUCUUCACCUGCACUCUGGUCGUGAGAACGGUCAUGAUCAUUCUAGAAUCAACAGAAAAGCGGCAGAUCCUAGUUCCGCAACAUAAAGGGUAUUCCAAGGAGGUCACCAGCGGCACCUUCAAUAGAUCGGUCUUCUUCUGGCUGACGUCACUCUUCAUCAACGGGUACAGAAACAUCCUUCGACUAGAUGACCUCUACCCACUGGAUCCGAAGUUGGCCUCGGAGCCUCUUUUCAGAAAACUCACCGACGCGUGGGACCAAGUUCCCGACAAGACGGUACCCGGCGCUCUGUGCAGCACUUGGCUCCGCGCCUUUGCCGGCCCCAUUUCCGUGGCCAUCGUCCCGAAACUCUUCCAGAUCGCCUUCAAUUACGCCCAACCUUUUCUGAUUGACGAGGCAAUCCGCCUUGCCAGCCAGCCGCAGCAGCAGCUCUACAACAAUCGCGGUUUUGGUCUGAUAGGGGCGUACGUGCUCGUUUAUACCGGCAUUGCUGUUUCGACGGGUCAGUACGACUGGCGCAAUCAACGUGUGGCCUCGAUGACGAGGGGCAGCACUACGGCACUUAUCUAUCGGAAAGCGCUGAGGCUAGAUUUGACGUCGCCUAACGUCAGUCCUUCGGCAGCUCUGACUUUGGUGGGAACCGAUAGCGAGACAAUCAGCCAGGGCAUCACUCAGCUUCAUGAGGUUUGGAGUGGGCUCCUGGAGAUUGGCAUCGGAAUCUACCUAAUUUACAGACAGCUCGGGGUUGCCUGUGCUAUGCCCAUUGUCCUCGUUUUCGUUGUCUUGAUUACCACAGCUUUUCUUGCCGUCCCGACUGGCAAAGCAUCGGCGGCAUGGAUCAAAGCCUCGCAAGACCGUGUUUCGACGACUUCCAAGACGCUGGGAAACAUCAAAUGGCUCAAAACAUCUGGCCUCAAUGAUGUUGCCUUUUCAGUGAUCCAGAAGCUUCGGACCGUGGAGCUCGAGGUUUCAAGGAGAUUUAGGAUACUAUUGGGCAUUAGCAUGAUGUUUUUAAUUUGCACGCCUAUCUGGUCCCCGAUUCUCACGUUCAGCACGUUUGUCGGAACGGCAGCUCGGACUGGCGACACUCUGACGAUCCAAAAGGCGUUCACUGCGUACUCUGUUUUGAUACUCGUGAAUCAACCAUUAGUUGGUAUCGUUAUGGGACUUCCACUACUAGCUGCUGCCGUGACAUCUUUCCAGAGAAUCCAAGAUUUCUUGAACGGCAAGGAAAAAGUCGAUGUCAGACUAAUCAGCGAUGGUAGCAAUAGGGCUGGGGCUGAGAGGUCUGCAGCGGAUUCUCCCAAACCAGCUGGUCCAACCCCUGAUCUCGAGCUAUCUGACAUGCAUGAGAGUGACUUACCCGUCAUCAAGCUACACUCCGACAUUAUCGCCUCCAUAAAUGGCAGGUUCUCAUGGGUAGUCGAUUCCAAGCCAGUAAUCGACAUCGAAAAUUGGAACAUACGGCGGCGAGCUUUCACCAUGGUUCUAGGACCCGUGGGCUGCGGCAAGUCGACGCUUCUCAAGUCUCUACUCGGCGAACUGUCCUCUUUCAAAGGUACCAUCUCCACCAACUUCUCUGGCGUCACGUAUUGUGGCCAGACUGCGUGGAUACCGAACGAAACCGUGCGGAACAUCAUCACUGGCCAUGCCGCGUUCGAUCCGUCCUGGUACUACACAAUCAUCAACGCGUGUGCUUUGGAUCAAGACAUCUCCAACUGGCCGAAUGGAGAUAAUACCGUGGCUGGUACAAAGGGCAUCUCCAUAAGCGGUGGUCAGAAACAUCGACUGGCCAUUUCCCGCGGCUUGUACGCAAGACAAGAGUUACUAUUGCUUGACGAUGUUUUCAGUGGUCUAGACUCUAGCACCGAAGACACCGUCUUCAACAAUCUCUUCGGCUUUGAUGGCUUACUACGUCACACGGAUACGACUGUCAUACUAGCAUCUUCCGAUUCUCGCCGAGUUUCGUUUGCCGAUGAUGUUGUGCUUCUUAAUGAUGAAGGUCGUAUGACAGAUAACGAGGCGGCCAUGAAAGUCGACCAGGUACAACACUCCCCGAAGGAAAACAACAGUACAAGUGAGCCCGAGACCACAGCGCUUCUGCCGAUGACACCAAGCAGAGAUAGACCGCCAGCCACGGUCCUCGGUCUGCUCGAAGACCAGGCAGAUUCCGCCCGUCAGCUUGGCGACUGGGGGAUGUAUAGUUUCUAUGCCAGAGCAGCUGGGUGGUUCAGCCUGUCGGCAUUCACUAGUGCUAUGAUAGCCUUUGCCUUUUGCGACUCAUUCCCCGAUAUAUGGCUCAAGUGGUGGGCAGAGUCCAACGAAAAGAGACCGAACCAAGACCUAGGCAAGUGGCUCGGUGUCUACGCGGCCCUUGGAGUGGGAUCAGUGGCUUCAGUCCUCUUUGGAAUGUGGCAACUUUUUAUCGUCAUCAUCAAUAAGUCGGGAAUUUACUUCCACGGUGUGCUACUAGACACCACGUCUCGUGCGCCCAUGACAUUUCACAGUUCCGUGGAUAGCGGGAUCACAGUCAACAGAUUCAGCCAAGACCUCCAGCUCAUCGACAUGGAGCUCCCGGCCGCGGCGCUAGGCUUGGCCGUAGGCGUCGCAUUCGGCGUAGCUCGAUUCAUAGUGAUGUCCGUCUCCUCACGUUACAUGGCCGCCAUCCUCCCUCUCCUCAUCCCCACCUUCUACGCCAUCCAGCACUUUUACCUGCGCACCUCCAGGCAGAUGCGCCUACUCGAUAUAGAGCACAAGGCACCCAUAUACUCUCAGCUCAUCGAAACACUGGAAGGCCUGGAGACGAUCAGAGCUUUCCGCUGGGAAGAUCACUUAGAAAAGGUCAAUCUGCGCCGGCUCGACGACUCGCAGAGACCCAGUUACCUUCUCGCCUGUCUCCAGCGCUGGCUGACGUUUUCGGUCGACAUGGUCAUUACAUUCAUCGCCGUCGUCCUCAUCGUUCUGGUCACGACGCUGCGCGAGCAGAUUGGCCCGGGUUUCAUCGGUGUUGCGUUGACCAACGUCUUAGCAUUUAGCGCGACUGUCAAGGCCAUCAUCAUGUCAUGGGUCAUGUUGGAGGUCUCACUCGGUGCCGUCGCGAGGGUGAGGAAUUUUUCCUUGACCACAGCGUCUGAGGACGGCUCUCAGUUGCAUCUUACCGAGCCAGAGGAAGAGUGGCCUAGUCGGGGAGCGGUUGAACUCCGCAAAGUGACGGCUUCCUAUGCAUCAUCUGGUGCCGUACUGAAAGGGAUAGAUAUUUCAAUCGAACCAGGUCAGAAGGUUGCAAUCUGCGGUCGGACAGGCAGCGGCAAAAGCUCCCUGAUUCUCUGCCUCCUCCGCAUGAUGAACCUAGACUCGGGCACCAUCACGAUUGACGACGUUGACAUCUCCACGCUGCCCCACGAAUACGUCCGCUCCAAGAUCGUCGCGGUCCCGCAAGAGUCCUACAUCUUUGACGGCACCGUGCGCUUGAAUCUCGAUCCAGGCCAGACCGCGUCCGAUUCUGAGAUCACGGCGGUCUUGGAAAAGGUGCAGCUCUGGGGUAAAGUGGAGGAGCGCGGUGGUCUCGAAGCGGUCAUUGACGAUCGAUUCUUUUCGCAGGGCGAGGCGCAGCUGUUGGUCUUUGCCAGGGCCGUGUUGAGAAAGGGGAGGGUGCUCAUCUUGGAUGAGAUCACGAGCAGUUUGGACGAUGAGUCGAGUAGGGUUAUCGACGAGGUGCUGCGCUCAUGGUUCAAAGAUUGGACCGUCAUCGCUAUUGCACACAAGCUGGAGUCGAUACUGGACUUUGAUCGAGUUGCGGUCGUCGAUUCAGGGGUGAUUGUAGAGUACGGUGAGCCUCGUCAGCUUCUAAGGAGCGAGUCGUCGUUCAAGGCGUUGUAUGGGCGGUCAUCGGCGGUGAUCCAAUAA